CCCGAGGGGUUGCUGCCGAAAUGGGCAAGUUCAUGAAACCUGGGAUGGUGGUGCUUGCUCUGGCUGGAUGCUAUUCUGGAUGCAAAGCCAUCAUCGUGAAGAACAUUGAUGAUGGUACCUUAGAUCGCCCCUACAGCCAUGCUCUGGUGGCUGGAAUUGACUGCUGUCCCUGCAAAGUGACAGCUGCCAUGGGCAAGAAGAAGAUCUCUAAGAGGUCAAAGAUCAAGUCUUUUGUGAAAGUUUAUAACCACAAUCACCUAAUGCCCACAAGGUACUCUGUGGAUAUCCCCUUGGACAAAACUGUCAUCAAUAAGGAUGUCUUCAGAGACCCUACUCUUAAACACAAGGCCCAAUGAGAGGCCAAGGUCAAGUUUGAAGAGAGAUACAAGACAGGCAAGAACAAGCGGUUCUUCCAGAAGCUGCGGUUUUAGAUGCUUCGUUUUGGUCAUUAAAAAUUAAACAGAAAAAAAAAAAGGAAAGUUCACAGAUGGCCAAACUUUUCCACAGCCAUGGU